GCUGCGAGCAGGGGAGCGCGGGUGUGCGCGCGGCGGCCGAGAGGGACAGCGCGGCGGCCGGCCGAGGAUGCUGCGGGGCGGCGGCGGCCCGGCCAGCGCCUCUCGCCCGUGACCGCGCCUCCGACAGCCGAGCCCCUCCGCGCGCCGGGCGGCCCCUCGGCGGCCCCUCGGCGGCCCGUCAGCGCGCGGGAGCAGGACGAAUGUACGACAACAUGUCCACAAUGGUGUAUAUAAAGGAAGACAAGUUGGAGAAGCUUACACAGGAUGAAAUUAUUUCUAAGACAAAGCAAGUAAUUCAGGGGCUGGAAGCUCUGAAGAAUGAACACAAUUCCAUUUUACAAAGUUUACUUGAGACACUGAAGUGUUUGAAGAAAGAUGAUGAAAGUAAUCUGGUGGAAGAAAAAUCAAACAUGAUCCGAAAGUCACUGGAAAUGUUGGAGCUUGGCCUGAGUGAGGCACAGGUCAUGAUGGCUUUGUCAAAUCAUCUGAAUGCCGUAGAGUCAGAGAAACAGAAGUUGCGUGCUCAGGUUCGUCGUCUGUGCCAGGAGAACCAGUGGCUGCGGGAUGAAUUGGCCAACACGCAGCAGAAACUACAGAAGAGCGAGCAGUCUGUGGCUCAACUGGAGGAAGAGAAGAAACACCUGGAAUUCAUGAACCAGUUAAAAAAAUAUGAUGACGACAUUUCUCCAUCCGAGGACAAAGACACUGAUUCUACCAAAGAACCUCUGGAUGACCUUUUCCCAAAUGAUGAAGAUGACCCAGGCCAAGGAAUCCAACAGCAGCAUAGCAGUGCAGCCGCUGCUGCCCAGCAGGGUGGCUACGAAAUCCCUGCACGGCUCCGGACUCUGCACAACCUUGUCAUCCAGUAUGCUUCACAAGGACGCUAUGAGGUUGCUGUGCCUCUCUGCAAGCAGGCUUUGGAGGACCUGGAGAAGACUUCUGGGCACGAUCACCCCGACGUGGCGACGAUGCUGAACAUCCUGGCGUUGGUGUACAGGGAUCAGAAUAAAUACAAAGAUGCCGCUAAUCUACUGAAUGAUGCCUUGGCUAUCCGUGAAAAAACUCUGGGCAAAGAUCAUCCCGCGGUGGCGGCCACUCUCAAUAACCUUGCAGUGCUUUACGGUAAAAGAGGGAAGUACAGAGAAGCCGAGCCACUGUGCAAGAGAGCCCUGGAGAUCAGAGAGAAGGUUUUGGGAAAGGAUCACCCAGAUGUUGCCAAACAGUUGAAUAACUUGGCCUUACUUUGCCAGAACCAGGGCAAGUAUGAAGAAGUAGAGUAUUAUUAUCAGAGAGCCCUUGAGAUCUACCAGACCAAACUGGGACCCGAUGACCCCAAUGUGGCCAAAACGAAAAACAACCUGGCCUCCUGCUAUCUGAAACAAGGCAAGUUCAAGCAAGCAGAAACACUGUACAAAGAGAUCCUCACCCGUGCCCAUGAAAGGGAGUUUGGUUCUGUAGAUGAUGAAAAUAAACCCAUUUGGAUGCAUGCUGAAGAAAGAGAAGAGUGCAAAGGAAAGCAAAAGGAUGGGACCUCUUUUGGAGAGUAUGGUGGUUGGUACAAAGCCUGCAAGGUCGACAGUCCAACUGUUACAACUACUUUAAAAAACCUUGGGGCACUUUAUAGACGUCAAGGCAAAUUUGAAGCUGCAGAAACAUUAGAAGAAGCAGCCAUGAGGUCACGUAAACAGGGUCUUGACCAUGUUCACAAACAGAGAGUGGCCGAAGUGCUCAACGACCCCGAGAGCCUGGAGAAGCGCCGGAGCCGGGAGAGCCUGCACGCCGACGUGGUGAAGUACGAGAGCGGCCCUGACGGAGGGGAGGAAGUGAGUAUGAGCGUAGAGUGGAGCGGGGAUGGCACUGGAUCUUUAAAACGCAGUGGUUCCUUUAGCAAACUCCGGGCUUCCAUUAGACGCAGCAGUGAGAAGCUGGUUAGGAAGCUGAAGGGAGGAAGUUCACGAGAGAGUGAACCAAAGAAUCCUGGCAUGAAGCGCGCCAGUUCUCUGCGUGUUCUGGACGUGGGCAGCAAGGCAGCCGAGGAUCGCAUCCAAGAACGAAAUAAAUGUCUGGCAGACUCGAGAGCUCUGAGUGCCAGCCACACUGACCUGGCCCGUCGAGGGUCCGGGCAGAGCUAGCUAAAACCCCCGAGACUAAAGAAGCACCGAGGCCCUCAAAGCUUGGCCCAGCCCCUCACCGCCCUGCACAGGGGGUGCUGGAGCGUAGACUCCUUGGCACGGAUGAUGGUUCCUUUCCUAGACAGUGACCUCCACCAACCACGGGACGUUUGCCUCUUAGAGAGCCCUGUGGCAUCCACGCCCCAGAAUUCUGUUAGCUGAUCGGCAGCCCUGGGGACAGAGCCGCCAGGCGGAGGGGCGCCCGCAGCUGGCUCAGCACACAGGGAGCUGGGCGCUGCUGCCCGUGGACACUUGUUAACUUGCUGCCACCCCAGAACUGAGUUUCAAUUCUAAGAGUACAAUGAGGCUAUGAAUUAAGAAACUAGAAUCCUUGUAUUACAUCCUUUUGGAAUGACAAAUGUUGAAUGAUCCAUGGCAGUAAUGCCUGAAAUUUAGAGGAAAACGGUUAAGAAAUGGGGAGAAAUGAAUCAGCUUCCUGGGAGGGGCUUCAUGUCUUCUUGGUCUCUUUCCAAAGUCGUGGGCCCUGGGGUGCUGGCUCGCCUGGGGCCAGCGGCUCUGUGGGUGUCGGGGCGCUCACCCACCACGCCCGGGGUGUGUUCCCUCUCCCGGCGGCUUCUGUGUGCUUAGCAUGUGGAUGUGCACGGUUCAUUCUUUAAAAGCUUUUCCUGUAUAGAGUUAAGUAACAGGCUGGAUUUGGAUAGUAACAUUUUCAAUUCAACCCUCCGGCCUUAUUUCUUAAGGUACUUUUUGGGACUGACUUGCAGAUGAAGAGAAUUCAAGGUGUGCAGUAAUUCCAGAGUGAUGAGCCGGAGCGCAGAGCCACCGCAGACUCGGGGCAGGGCGGGGUGUAGUCUCUGAAUGUCGUCGGGUGUCCGUGUUCGAGGGGUGACAUAACGGCCUGGGUGCGGUCCCAGCAAAUAUACUUUUUGCCCUCAGCUACAGGGAAGGGCCUCCUUAGGAGAGGGCUGGGCAGGGGCUGCCCACCACACCCGUCCCUGCAGAGCAGGGGCUGGAGGGAGCCGGCAGGUGAGGUGGUCACCGGGGGUUUUGUCACAGCAAGGCUGGGGUUCUAAAUGUUUAUGAAGACUCCGUCGGGCACCGUCCCGAGAGGCCAAAACCGUGCCCCCUUUCCGAGCUGCAGGCAGUUUACUUCUCAUGGACUAAACGCAACUACAGAGGAGCUGAAAAAGUCCAUUUGGUUGUGAGAAGGUCCCAAAGGACAAAAAACUAGAGCUUUGUCCCCAUGGAUCCUGUGGCUCUUUGAGAGUGACCUUGUGGUGCUCCAGGGUGAUGUGACAGGCCCAAAAGCAGUUCAUAUCUGCAGGGCUUGUGACGUCCAGGAGGGGCCGCGGAGCGCUCCCAGGUCUCCCUCCUCUGUCCUCCUUCGCUCAAACGCUGAUGCAGUGUAUUUUAAACCCAGUUUCCCUUAGUGGCAGUUCUUUCUGGAAAAAAGCAAUAGGCAUUUAUAAAGAAUAAAAAUCAGGCUAUGAAAUUUAAUUUUAAGCUCCCAAAUCUAUGAGAACAGACAGCUUUUACCAGUGGCCUUUGUUGGACCUAACCUGGCCUCGAAGCUGCCUGGCCUGGCCCCCUCGUGAGUUGGGGAUUGUCUCGGCAGUGCUGUGUGGACGCGUGUUCUGGGUCAGGGAACUCGGAAGGGUGUCAGAGAGGGUCUGUUGCAGGGGAAUCUGCGGUGUCUGACUUCUGAACUUGCAUCAGCAUAUAACUAAACCAGGGUGUACCCUAUUUCAAAUCUGGUAACAACCACAGUUUCUGCAGAGCAGCAGCAGGUACCAGCCGUCUCUCCACUUCACUGUCUCCCCUUCUGGUGAAGGGGCCCCUAGGUGAGGGCAAGCACCAGUUUCUACAGUUUCUCUCAAAGUCAUGUUAAAGGCCCCCCAACUAGUGGAUGGAUGAACCGGCGAGAGCUGCUGGGGUGUCUGGAAGGCAGCUGCAGCGGCGGGCUGGGCAGGUGCGGGAGAGCAGGGCUCGCGAAGGGCGGGUGAUGCACGGCUUCUCCGUCCCUCCCUGGCCUCUUCCCAAGGGCGGUGGGUGCGAACCACGCGGGUGUGGGGGCAGAGGACAGGGCACCGCCCCACGGCCCGCACGCGGGGGUGGCUGGGCGGGCAGAGCUUGGGCGUAGGGUUUAUAGUACUGGAGGGAUUCCGAUAGUUUUUCUGGAAUUAAAAAAAUCCUAUCAUUUGAUAGGGAAAGCUGCUAGGAAUAUCAGUAUAAUUAGAAAUUCAGUGCUUACGGUAAAAUACAAGUAUUGCUAAUGAUAUGUUUAUAAUUUAUAGAGCAGAUUUUUCAUUCUCAUAACUAUUGUAUUAUCUUGGAAGGCAUGUUACAUUAACGAAACUAUUUCUGAUGUGUUAAUAUUUGCACUUAUUUUUGAGCACUGUAAUAUUUAUGUUUAGAUUUCUGAAAACUAAAAUGGCACUUAAUAUUCACACGACCAAAGCAAGCUUUGAGUGACUGUCCACAUCUUGUGGGGUAGAUGGCGUUAUACACGUGAACUGGUCAGUACUCUGGGCUGAGACGUGAAGAUGGGCAUUUUGUUUAGGAAACUUCCCCCAGCAUGGGGAUGAGCUACAGUAGUUUUGAAGUGUUUAAUAAAAUAAUGUGGCAGAUGACACUGAGGGGUCACAGAUCUCUACAGACUCGGCCUUUAGCCUCUGAAGACUGUGCUGUGUAACUAACACUUGGGGUGAGAAAAGUCUUUCCUACAUGGGAGGCCCGAGACCCCGGCCCAUUCCCUCCCACCUACUGCUGGGGGAUGCUGAGUGGGCAGGGGUCCCACAGACACAGUGUCAGAAGAACGCAGAGGAGCCCCCACAGGCGUGUGCCGUGGGGUGGGGCCCGGCUCCCCAGACCCGGCAGGGGCUCCCGAGAUGCUGCCGGGGCCGAGCCCCCGCACGACCGGUGGGUUUCUGCUUCCAGGGCUGUGUGUCCACUUCUGUUACGUGUACACUCUGUGUCUUGGACCUGUAGUUUUAUUUCCUAAUUACUGGUAUGAUUUGCUGAGAAAAUCACUCGGUAUUGCUUGUAUUUAAUCACAAAAAUAAAAUCUCUUAUUUCCUGUUGUAAAGCCCCUGUGCUUUUGCAAGAAGACUAUUUGUAAAAAUUCAACCCCAAAUGAGCUUCCUCCUGUCUUUAUACCAGCGAGUCUUUAACUCUUUAGGUCACAGAUGCUUUGAAACGCUGUUGAAAGUUGUAACUGGAUCUUCCUGCCCUAGAAAAGUGCAUAAGCAGAAACUGUAAUUUCAGGGAUUUACAGACCCCCCGCCUCGCCCCCUAGAGCUGCCUCUGAGAACUCCUCAGCCCUGACCUCCUGCACCCGUGGGUGCUCAGCCCUAGAGCAGACGGGCUGUGGGGUCACCAGCGGGGCUGGCCCGAGGGCCAGUGCCAGAACCAGAUGGAAGCUAACCUUGGCUAAGCAUCCAUUUCCUAAUCUGUGGAGUGGGUACAGCGGGGUUGUGGUGAGGGUGGUUAAGUUAACAGGACUAUUCCAGGCCUCAGUGUCCGUACCUGAAAACGAGGGUAAUAAUAAAAGCACCUGCCAGAGAAGCACAGGCAUGAAAUGGCAGAGUAGGAAGUUCCACAGAUUGCUCCGUCUACUAAAAAAAUGAAAGAGCUGGACAGAGAGACUGGGAUUGACUGGGUGGUGACCCCGGAACCACAGUGGACACUGGAACAACUACAGGAGCACCAGAGGAGGCAGACGCUGCCCAGGGUCCAGGUUUUGGAAAGCGCGAACAGCAGCCAGCUCCCAUCGCCCAGCCCUGCGGCAGCAGCUGUGGAUUCCGGCAUGGCCCGGGGGUGGGGGGUGCAGGCCGGCAGAGGGCACCUCCUCCAAAAGUUGGGGUCUGGGGGACUCCAAGGCAGCAGUGUGGAAGCUGACCGAUUUCAGCCUUCUGGGCAGCCGCGCAUCCAGCCUCCCACCAGCGUCCAGGGAGGUGACGAGCUGGCUUUGUUUUCCUCCUGGGUGUGGACGUCUGCCCGGCAGGGCCUGGAGGGCACGGCCCAGACUCCAGCCUCGGGCUCUGCCCUCUGCACAGGAGCCGCUUCCGGCCUCACUCCAGCACCUGCAGGGACAUGAAGAGCCUGUGCACCUCUUCCUCUUUUUCUGUUUUUGGUUGCUUGUUCUUUUUGCUUUUUCUGUGUUGUACUUUUGUGUCUAGUGAAUCGCAGAAGACCAGGUAGAGAUACUGGUUUCAGCCGUGAAAGCUGCAGCUUCUGGCUUCCUGCCAGCUCAGGACAAGCACCUUGGAGAGACGUGCACUUAGUUGUUAUUUCUUGUGUUUUUUUUGUGUGUGUAGGGUGGGUGAGGGGUGUUUUGUGUUAGUUUUUGUUUUACCCCCCCCAUUUCCUUUUUUUUUUUUCUUGUUGUUAGUCUGGUGGACUGAAAAGUGGAAGAACCAGAUUUCCAGAGUGACCACAACAUACUACUCAGAAUGUCCAGUUCUCAACAAUAUUACAGAAUCUAUAAGGAGAGAGGAAAAUAUGGCCCAGUCACAGAAAAAAAGAGAAUUCAGUGGGAAAUAUUCUGGAGGAUGCAGUCUCUGGAAUUACUAAUCAAAGGUCUUGGAAGAACUCAUAAAUAGAUCAAUGAACCAAAGGAAAACAGGCAAAGAAUUAAAAGAAAUCAGGAAAACAAUGUAUGAAGAAAAUGAGAAUUUCAGUAAGAUAGUAAUUAUAAAGAAGAACCACAUGGUUAUUCUGGAACACAAAAGUACAAUAACUGAAGUGAAGAAUUUAAUGGAGGGAAUCGAGCAGAUUGGAGGAUCCAGAAGUGAACUCAAAAACAAAACAACUGAAAUUAUCCAGGUUGAGGAGCAGAUAGAAAAAUGAAUGAAAAAAAAACAGAGCCUGAAGAACCAGUGGGCUAUCAUCAAACGUACCAAUGUAUGCAUUAUAGAAGUCCCAAAGGAGAGAAAGAGAUAGAAGGGCCAGAAAAACUGUUUGAAGAAAUAAUGGCAGAAAACUUCCCAAAUCUGAUGAAAGACACCAAUUCAAGAAGCUCCAUGAAGGCAAGCAGGUGAACCCAAACAGAUCUACCCUGAGACUCAACUACGAUCAAAAUGUCUGAUGCCCAAGGGCAAAGAAUCUUAAAACCAGCAAGAGAGAAGCAACGUGUCACGUACAAGGGGUCCUUAGUAAGGUGAACACCCGAAUUCUCAGUAGAAACCAUGGCGGCCCAAAGGCAGGGGAAAGACACAUUAAAGUGCUGAAAGAAAAAAAAAAACCACCCAUGACCUGAAAA